AUGAACGUGGGAUCUCUCCGCAAGCGCAGACAGCAAUGGGAGUGCUGGCAGGGGAAUGCCAACUUCUUCGCAGGGGGACGAAUUGUGGUUGGAUCGCACUGCCGAGCACUGGCAUUCAGCGCGACAAUUCUUCUCUUCACGGCGACGUUGUUCUUCACUUUCAUCAGCCUUCCUGCUACGACGUACGGGGGAUGGGCCUUCUUCUCCACGGUUUCGGUCUGCCUGUUCGUGGGGUGCAUCAUCUCGCUCGCUUCUACGGCGAUGAUGGACCCUGGGAUCAUUCCUCGACGAACUCUGGCGUUGUGGAACUCAUUAGACCCGGCCUCUCCUGACGUUGCCGAGCGAAAAUCCUGUGUCACGUGCCAGCUCGCGCGUCCCCCGAGGGCCAAGCACUGCAAGAGGUGCAAUAACUGCGUCAUGGAAUUUGAUCACCACUGCCCAUUCACGGGCAACUGCAUCGGCGCACGCAACUAUCGCGCGUUCAUGGCCUUCAUUUCUAUUGUUACCAUCAGCGAGUUCUUCGCCUGCGCGUUGAGCGUGCUGCACAUCGUCGCCCCCCGAGCUGACAACGUCGGUCCGGUCCUUCUCGUGAACUGGGCCAGAAUCCCGGGCAGUCAAUUCUUCCCCCACCUGUUGGCUCUAUGGACAGCUGUGGUUAUGGUUCUCGUGGGGGGGUUGCUAUCUUUCCACAUCUUCCUUGUGGCGAAGGGUCAAACAACCAACGAGUACCUCAGACGCGAGGCGCCAAGCGGCAGUCGCUUGGGUCGACCCUUCUUGUCUAGCUGCCACGAAUUAUGGUGCGGGGCACGGCCACCGAGCCUGCUGUCAGACAUGACGGAGUCCGUCAACACCGACAACUCCGCUGGUGGCACAGAUGACACAAACCAUGACUAG